UCCCGGUUCGGCUAAACGCGCUCAAACCAAAACCUCAGCGGAUAUUUUUUCCUGCAGGAAAACCUCACGCUCUGUUUGCUUUCAUUUUCCCCUCUCUCUCCUUAUGAACUCUAAUUUCAGUUUCUCCUUCAUUUAACGGAUGAUUAUGGCCGUUAGAGUCGCUAACACUUGUUCCAUCGUUUGCUCCGCUACUUCUCCCCCACUCGCUGCGUUUCAAUGCCGUUUUUACCAUUUCCGAACUUUGCAGUUUCGACUUCACUCCAAAUCAAGGUUUCGGCUCCCUAUUCUUUGGUCCAAGCAACAGUUUCUUAGCCAUGCCAGUUUUCGCAGCUGUUCCGUUCAUAGUCUUGUGGACAGUGUCAUGGAAGAACUCAAAACCAUGCGUAAACGUAAAAGAGUUUACGCCAAGGUGGGUUUGUCAGGUGGAGAGCUUUUUGUAAAUAAGCUUGAAAACCGGGUACUGCAGAAAGGGUUGCUUCUGGAGUUCAAGAAAGAUUCUGACCGUAUAUUGCUGGCAGUUGCAGAGAGACCAGAUGGGAAAAAGAACUGGAUAGUGUCUGAUCAGAAUGGUGUCUCAUGCUCCAUUAAACCACAACAAAUUACAUUUAUCGUCCCAGGUGUUGAAAAUUUUGAUCAUUCUGGGAUUUCACAAUUUCUCCAGAAAGCUCAGGAUAACUUGGAUCCAGCACUUCUUGAGUUCGCUUGGGUUGAGCUUCUUGAAAAGAAUAAAUCAGUCUCUGUCGAAGAACUAGCAGAGAUGAUUUUUGGUAGUGCGGAGCCUCUUGAAAGCUAUUGUGCCCACCUUCUGCUAUCAAAAGAUGAAAUCUAUUUCAGUGUGCUUGCAGCUAAAGGUUCUCGCUCAAUUUAUGCACCUCGAUCUACAGCACAGGUAGAAGAACUUUUAUGUAGGAAGCUUGCAAAGGAGGCUGCCGAGAAAGAACUACAGGAGUUUGUGCAACAACUAAUGUCUGCUAAGGCAAUGCCUGCUCAUGCUAAACCUCUCAAAUCUUCAUGGAUGGUUGAUGAGAAAGUCCGACACAAAAUUGAAUCUCUUGAAGCAUAUGCUAUUGAUGCAUGCAAAGAUGAUGAUCGAAAGAAAAUUGCAGGGAUGAUCCUUAAGGCAAUGGGACUAGCAAAAACAGCAUCCUCAGCAGUAAACCUCCUCAUAGAUAUUGGGUAUUUUCCUGUACAUGUCAAUCUGGAAGUUUUGAAGUUCAACAUUUACACUGAUCAUUCUGAAGAGAUUAUAUCAGCUGCUGAAAGUCAUAUGAUAGAUUCAUGUGAUGAAGACGAGCUUAAUAGGAAAGAUCUUACUCAUCUGAAAGUUUAUGCCAUUGAUGUAGAUGAAGCCGAUGAGCUCGACGAUGCCCUGAGUGCAACAAGGUUGCAGGAUGGCCGGAUUAAAGUGUAUAUACAUGUUGCUGAUCCAACCAGAUAUGUUGAGCCUGGGAGUAUCUUGGACAAGGAGGCAAUGAAAAGAGGAACUUCUGUUUUCUUGUCCACUGCCACUUAUCCCAUGUUUCCAGAGAAACUUGCCAUGCAGGGAAUGAGUUUGAAACAAGGAGAGGUUUGCAAUGUGGUGACUGUAUCUGUUGUUCUGCAUUCUGAUGGCAGCAUUGCUGAGUAUUCGGUGGAUAACUCAAUCAUUAAACCAACAUACAUGCUGACCUAUGAGAGUGCCACUGAACUGCUCCAUUUAAAUCUAGAGGAGGAGAGUGAACUCAGGCUCUUAGCAGAGGCAGCAGCCCUCCGGUUUCAAUGGCGUCUCAGACAGGGUGCAAUUGAUACUGCCACAUUAGAGACUCGUAUAAAGGUUGCUAAUCCUGAAGAUCCAGAACCAGUAAUUAACCUAUAUGUCGAAAACCAGGCUGAUCCUGCAAUGCGUCUUGUUUCUGAGAUGAUGAUUCUGUGUGGGGAAACAAUAGCCACUUAUGGUUCAUUCAAUAACAUUCCUUUACCCUACAGAGGACAGCCUCAAUCAAAUAUUGAUGUAUCUGCAUUUGCACAUCUUCCAGAAGGGCCUGUUCGGAGCUCUGCCAUUGUUAAAAUAAUGCGAGCUGCUGAAAUUGAUUUCAGGAAACCAAUACGACACGGUGUUCUGGGGCUUCCUGGUUAUGUUCAGUUCACAUCUCCUAUUCGUAGGUAUUUGGAUCUUCUUGCUCAUUAUCAGAUCAAAGCAUUUCUUAGAGGUGAACCUCCUCCUUUCUCUUCUGGCCAGCUUGAAGGGAUGGCAUCCAUAGUGAACAUGCAUACUAGAGUGGCAAGGAAGCUGAGCAACAGUAGUCUUCGGUAUUGGAUAAUAGAAUUUCUGAGAAGGCAACCCAAAAAUAAACGGUACAGUGCAUUGAUCCUUAGAUUUAUCAAAGAUCGUACUGCAGCCUUACUAUUGGUUGAGGUGGGACUUCAAGCAUCUGCAUGGGUGUCUGUGGGAACACAAAUUGGAGAUGAGAUUGAAGUUCAGGUGGAAGAAGCUCAUCCGCGAGAUGAUGUUCUUUAUCUUAAGGAAGCUAUUAGCUUGUAGAAACAGAUUGUUUGGAAUAAUUUGAUAUGGAGAAGUAUGAAGAAUCCUGCUUUGAUAUUGAAAAUGGUUUAUUCAUUGUAUUGGGACAAAACAAUUUUGCUGAACCAUAACUCCUCCGAAGCCUCAUUCAUUGAAACAAGGUCAAAUGACAUCUCCAGGAAAAUGUAUCGAGAAGCAUAAAUUAUUCGAUCCCACACAUUCACUGUUUCAGAUUGCUCAUUGUCCAACCAUGUGAUAGAAAGCAGAUAUUACUUAAAGGGCUCGCCGCAGCGUUUGUUUGCAAGUCAGACGGAGAAUAAGUCGGUUGGUAAUGCAUCAUUGGAAACAGAGUGAUUUUAGUCUGCAGUCUUGUUUUUGGUAUAGAGAAGUAGAAAAUUGAAUUGUAAUUUCUAAAAUUAAAAUGUAUAUGUAAAAAAGAAGACUAUUUUCUCAGACUUGUAUGAUUGUUUUCUUGAUACGUUCUAAUUUUCACUUCAUAAAUUGAAUUUGGAGGA